UUGCAAAUGUUGUAUCGUCUCAUCAAACGUACGCCAAAUGGUAUUCAGUCGAUUUUGGACUAUUUGGACGAAUUCAUUCGAACUGAAGCGCUCAACGAUAUGAUGGCAAAUGCGGCCACAAUUACAACUGAUCCAGAAAAAUAUGUGGAGCAAUUGUUGUCAAUGUUCUCAAGAUUUAGCGCUUUGGUGGCGUCGGCUUUCUACGAUGAUCCUCGUUUUUUGACGGCUCGAGAUAAGGCAUUCCAGGAUGUGGUGAAUGAUACGUGCAUAUUCAAAAUGGAAAUUGCUAGUUCGAAGGCGAAGCAAGGAUCGCGUGUACAAGCUGAAUCGAGAUGUCCGGANCGAAGAGACUUUCUUCUGAAGAGAUCGACGCGAAGUUGA